CUCAAGACGGCAGGCACCACAAAUCCACGAGAAUGCAGCCAUGAUCGGCUCCUUCCUCCCCCUCCCCACCACCUCCGGCCGCUCCCUUCCGCCCCGCGCCACCACCACCACCACCCUCCCCUUCCCAAGAUCCCCACUGCGUCUCCGCCGCCGCCGCCAGAUCCGCGUCUCCGUGUCGUCGUCGUCGUCGUCGGAGAGCAACGAGGAGGGCGCGGGGAGCACCAACGGGUCCCUGCCGGGGCUUGCCCCCGUGAACGGCGAGGAGGAGGAGGAGGAGGAGGACGAGUCGUGCCCGGUGGAGUGCGUGACGGAGUUCAAGACGGACGAGGAGCUGGGGCGGUUCCUGGAGCGGUCGCGGGCGACGGGCGCGCUGGUGGUGGUGGACUUCUUCCGGCCCUCCUGCGGCAGCUGCAAGUACAUCGAGCAGGGCUUCAUGAAGCUCUGCAAGGGCUCCGGCGACCACGGCUCCCCCGUCAUCUUCCUCAAGCACAACGUGAUUGAUGAGUACGACGAGCAGUCGGAGGUGGCGGAGCGGCUGCGCAUCAAGGUGGUGCCGCUCUUCCAUUUCUACAAGGCCGGGGUCCUGGUCGAGUCCUUCGCCACCCGGGACAAGGACAGGAUCACCGCCGCCAUUGCCAAGUACACCUCACCUGAUGAGCAGGAGCCGGAGACGCAGCCGGAGGAGUAAUUUCUACUCCAAAUACGUACAUACAUCAAGAGCCAUCUAGCUAGACUGGUAACCGAGUGAUCUGCCAAAGCUAGCUAGCUUGCUAAAUGAACCUCCAUUGUAGCAGGAAAAAACUGGGAUUGGUUGUAAUAAUAAAGCAGAGUAUAUCAUGAUUCAUGAAAUAGUUGUAUGCAUGCAAAGGGAUCCAUGUAGAAUGGUCGAGGAUAGAUCCUGGUUGAUUACUCAAUGUCAUUUCCGAUCCAGUGACUCCCCGUUGCAAAGUUUCAGACUUUGACCUGAUCAUUUCAACAUCUGAAUGAAUUCUACUC